AUGUUCCUCGACUACUUCAACUGUGGCGACUGCCACAAGCCCUUCCAUCGCGAGCUGAACAUGCCGCACACGCCCGUCCAUUCCCCGGUCACCGGACGCGUCGCCUGCUCGAGCUGCAUGAAGGACCCGCGGAAAGUGCCCCUCCUCGGCCUCAUCAAGUUCCUCAACCAGCGCGCCUUCCACCGCGCCGAGCAGACCUACACGUGCCAAGGAACCCUCAACGGCCCUCAGUGUAUCAAGUGCAACACGGUGAUGGUGCCAAACAGCGACUGGAAGGCCUACAUCGUCACCUGUGGCCAUUACUUUUGCGAGGACUGCUUUGCCGCCUGCGUCGUUGGCCAUAGAUGCUCGGCAUGUGAUGCGCCGGUGGAUAAGGAGCGCUCUCGCCUCGACAAAAGCCUCGCCGCCUUCUUCAAUUACUACGACGAGGAAUUGCAGCGCGAAAUUCGUGAUGCGGCCAAGCGUCUGGAGGCGCUGAACAACCAGAAGAGGCUGGACGAGGCGCGGGAGAAGCAGCUCGACGUCCUUUCGAAGCGCUACGACCAGGCUGAGAAGCUGAAGGAAGUUGAUUGGCUGCAGGACAAUGAAUUCAAACGUGAUGCCGAGCGCCGUGGACUUUUCAAAAGCUGCUGUCACUGCACGGCCAGGAAGCUCGUCGAGAACCUCUUGUUCUGCCUCGAUUGCACGAAAAUCGCGUGCCCACUGUGCUUUUCUAGAAUCCACUUGAACCACGCCGUCGGCUCGUUGGUGGUCAUGAAGGCGGAUGAGCUGCGGCUAGUGGCCAACAAAAAAUACAAGGAGGACGUGAGCGGUUUGCGCGCAAAGCUCGCCCAGCUGCACAAGGAUCUCGAUGAGGUUUUGGAAAAGGUGGUGAAGGCUGGCACGGGACGUCUCACCAAGGCGGCACAAUCCGAAAAGCUGGCCGAUGCGCAGAAUAUCGUGUCCGAUGUCGAGUCGACGGCCGAUCGUCUGAAGGCCCACUGCGAGAAGUACCUUCCGAUGCUGCAUGAAUUGAUCGACAAGGCCGGCAAGAUCGAAACCGAACUCUCGAAA